AUGGUCGACGUCGAGGAGAGCCUCGAGGAGAGCCUCGAGCGCGCGGGCCCGAGCACCCAUCGGCUCCACAUCGACGGCCUCCCAUCAGACGUCAGCGACGCCGAGCUCGCACGGCGCUUCACGCCAUUCGGCGAGGUGCGCGAAGCCAGCGUGAUCCGGGGCGCCGACGGCGCUUGCCGCGGCUUCGGGUAUGUCUCGCUGCACGCAGCUCCGCCAGAGGUGGCGCGGUGCAUCAAGGCGUACACUGGCACGCGAUGGCGCGGCAAGCGGCUCGCCGUCGCUCCCGCCAGCGAGGACUACAUGACGCGCGACGCCGGGCAAGAGCAACCGGCAUAG